AUGCUACGUAUUCUAGCUGGUAGAGCGUCUGUGGCUCACCGCUCCAUCACUACGAAAUAUGGACGGCGCCGUCUUCUGUCCACUGAGACGCCACAAACAUACAUUGAAAAAGUCGUGCAAAAGUAUGCUGUCGAUUGGGACCCAGCCGUGCGUGUGCGUUCCGGCGACUACGUGUCGAUUCGACCGGCAACUGUCAUGACCCAUGACAACACGGGACCGGUCAUCACCAAGUUCCGCUCGAUCGGUGCGAAACAAAUCCAUGAUCCAACCCAAGUCGUCUUUGCUCUGGACCACGAUGUCCAAAACAAGUCGCCCAAAAACAUGGAUAAAUAUGCGCGCAUCGAGGCCUUUGCACGUGAACAGGGCGUGGACUUUUACCCCGCUGGUCGCGGCAUAGGUCAUCAGGUUCUAGUCGAAGAAGGCUAUGCCUUUCCGCAGACGCUCGUUGUCGCCUCAGACAGCCAUUCAAACAUGUAUGGAGGCGUCGGUGCUGUAGGGACGCCGAUCGUCCGCACAGAUGCAGCGGCCAUCUGGGCGACAGGCAAAACGUGGUGGCAGCUGCCUCCUAUGGUGAAAGUCGAGCUCACCGGCCAACUGCGUCCGGGCGUCACUGGCAAAGAUGUGAUCGUGGCGCUGUGUGGCUACUUUAAGAAUGACGAGGUCCUGAAUGCAGCGAUUGAAUUUACCGGCGACGGUGUAAGCGCACUCACAGUCGAUGAACGACUCUCGAUCAGUAACAUGACGACAGAGUGGGGAGCUCUGGCCGGUGUCUUUCCUGUGGACGAUACAACACUCAGUUGGUACGAUGCACUGCUGCGCAAAAUGGACAAGCUCCAUUUCCAAAUGGGCUCGUCGCCGCGGCCCUCUGACACGCACCCGCGGCUGAACUGGUCACAUCUCGAAGCGCUCGAAAAGCAUCGCAUCCACUCAGAUGACGGCGCAUCGUACGCAAAGCACUUGCGCCUCGAUCUAUCGACUCUGUCGCCCCACGUGUCCGGACCUAAUAGCGUCAAAGUCGCGACGCCUCUCUAUGAGCUUGAGAAGCAGGACAUUGCCAUUCAGAAGGCGUACCUUGUAUCAUGUGUGAAUUCGCGUGCGUCGGAUAUCAAGGCAGCAGCGGAUGUGCUGCGCGGUCGCAAAGUAGCGCCAGGCGUUGAAUUUUAUCUCGCACCAGCCAGCAGCGUCGUACAACGCGAGGCUGAGAACAACGGUGACUGGGGCUCACUUCUUGCAGCAGGCGCUCGGCCGUUACCAGCUGGCUGUGGCCCUUGCAUUGGCCUUGGUAUGGGUCUGCUGAAAGAUGGCGAGGUCGGCAUUUCCGCGACGAACCGAAACUACAAAGGACGUAUGGGAAGCCCGAACGCCCUUGCAUACCUCGCAUCCCCUGCUGUGGUCGCAGCAAGUGCGGCAGCUGGCAAGAUCUGUGCGCCCGAGGGCACUCGACCAGAGGACGGAAGGCCUCUUGUGAGCAUGGAAUCCAUCGACUCGACACCACAAGCUGCUGCUGCACCAGCAGAACUAGAGCCGCAGUUCCCACCAAAGUUUGCAGGUACCCUCGUGUUUGCCCCGCAAGACAAUUUGAACACUGAUGCUUUGUAUCCAGGCAAGUAUACGUAUCAAGACGACAUUACGCCUGAGCGUCAGGCACAGGUGGUUAUGGAAAACUACGAUCCAUCUUUUGCCUCUUCCAUUGCUCAGGAGCGUGCGCGCCGAGCCGAUAACGGCGAGGAUGCUGCUGUUGUGCUGGUAAGCGGCUACAACUUUGGCACGGGCUCCUCACGUGAACAAGCAGCGACCGCACUGAAGUAUGCCGGUGUACCUGUUGUGCUCGCAGGUUCCUUUAGUGAUGUUUUCAAGCGAAAUGCCAUUAAUAAUGGGCUUAUUUGUCUUCAGUGUCCUGAGCUAGUGGAUGAUCUCACGUCAUCCUACGCCAAGGAUGGACAACGUGGUGCUGGAGGCCGGCAGCCAGGUGAGCUCAGUGUGCUUCUACGUGAUGCAACUGUGUCGCUGGACAGCCGCACAGGUGCAGUCGAGCUCAGAUUUGGUAAUGGCUCCGUAAAGCGUUACACGACGCGGCCUGCUGGCAUAGGCCGGUCUAUCCAGGAAAUCUAUGUGGCUGGCGGCAUGGAAUCCUGGGUCAAACAGCGUUUGUAG